UGUUGCUCUAUGCAACCACAGAUAAAUAGGGAAAAGUGCACAUUUGCUAUUGAUCUUAAGCAAUGUGGCACAUAUAGAAAGAAAAAAACAUCAUCCAAGCAACCAAGGAAACAAGGCCUGCUGAAAAGCAUUCUACUUGAAAGCGUUUUGAUGACGACAAUCACAUCUUACAUCGUACAAGUCAAUGUCCUGACAGAGGACCAGGUAAUCAUACUCAUUGUUUUGUUGAAUCCAAUACUCAUCGUGUUAUCUUUCUGCUAGAGCGCGAUCGUAUUGUCUAUGCGUUAGAGCUGUACCCUCCCAGUGUACAGUAGCAUAAGAACAUGAUCUAGUAAAUCAUCAUUUCUUCUACCGUGUUCA